UCUGUGUCUCACUGACCUGUAUUCAAAAUCCAAAAAAUUCAUAUCUCUGGAUCAGCUUCUCUUCCAUUUUCGCGUUUCGCUGAUGGAGCUGCCGAGGCGCCAAGAUCAGAGCCAAUCGGAGAGGAAGGGGCAGAAGCGGAAACUGGAAGAGGAAAUCGGAGAGGAGCGAGAGAUCACGGUGCAGCAGUCCGGCGACGCCAGAAAAGCCAUACUGCUUCAGGUCGCCGAGCAGGUUCAAGUUCUCGACUCUUCUUUUUCCUGGAGCGAAGCUGAUCGAAACGCUGCCAAGCGCGCCACUCACGUCCUCGCCGAGCUCGCCAAGAACGAGGACGUAGUGAACGUCAUCGUUGAAGGCGGUGCGGUUCCGGCUUUGGUGAAACAUCUGCAAGCGCCGCCGUGCAGCGAGGUCGACCGGAGCUCUUCGAAGCACUGCGAACACGAGGUUGAGAAGGGCAGUGCCUUUGCACUAGGCCUUCUUGCCGUUAAGCCCGAGCAUCAACAACUCAUUGUUGAUAAUGGUGCAUUGUCUCAUCUAGUAGAUUUGUUGAAGAGGCACAAGGAUAGUCAUGUAACUCGACCUUUGUAUAGCGUCAUUCGUAGAGCUGCUGAUGCCAUCACCAAUCUCGCUCAUGAAAACAGCAGCAUUAAAACCCGUGUCAGGAUAGAAGGUGGAAUUCCACCUCUAGUUGAGUUGCUUGAAUUUGCCGAUACAAAGGUGCAAAGAGCAGCUGCUGGAGCGCUACGAACCCUCGCAUUUAAAAAUGAUGAGAAUAAGAAUCAGAUUGUUGAAUGCAAUGCUCUUCCUACCCUCAUUUUAAUGCUUCGAUCUGAAGAUGCUGCUAUACAUUAUGAAGCGGUUGGUGUAAUUGGAAAUCUAGUUCACUCUUCUCCAAACAUAAAGAAAGAGGUUCUUCUUGCGGGAGCUUUACAACCUGUUAUUGGAUUGCUUAGUUCCUGCUGCUUUGAGAGCCAAAGAGAGGCAGCUUUGCUACUUGGACAAUUUGCUGCAACUGAUUCAGACUGCAAGGUUCACAUUGUACAGAGGGGUGCUGUCCGACCUUUGAUUGAGAUGCUACAAUCCCCAGAUGUACAACUCAGGGAGAUGUCAGCUUUUGCUUUGGGGAGGUUGGCACAGGACUCACACAACCAAGCUGGUAUUGCUCAUAAUGGUGGUUUAUUGCCAUUGUUGAAACUUCUGGAUUCAAAAAAUGGGUCUCUGCAACACAAUGCUGCAUUUACCCUUUAUGGCCUUGCAGAUAAUGAGGAUAAUGUGUCCGAUUUUAUUAGGGUUGGUGGUGUUCAGAAGUUGCAGGAUGGAGAAUUUAUUUUCCAAGCUACAAAGGAUUGUGUGACCAAAACAUUGAAAAGAUUAGAGGAGAAGAUUCAUGCACGAGUUUUGUCGCAUUUGUUAUACUUGAUGCGUGUAGCAGAGAGAAAUGUCCAAAGACGUGUUGCUUUGGCUUUUGCUCAUCUUUGCUCCCCAGAGGAUCUCAGAACCAUUUUCAUCGAUAACAAUGGUUUGGAAUUGCUUCUUGGGCUUCUUGGUUCUAGUAGCCCCAAACAGCAGCUUGAUGGUGCUAUGGCUCUGUACAAGUUGGCCAACAAAGCCAUGACUCUUUCUCCUGUGGAUGCAGCUCCUCCAUCUCCAACACCACAGGUUUAUCUAGGGGAGCAGUAUGUUAACAACCCUACGCUGUCCGAUGUUACGUUUUUAGUUGAAGGUAGACGGUUCUAUGCUCACAGAAUUUGCCUGCUUGCUUCUUCAGAUGCUUUUCGUGCAAUGUUUGAUGGUGGUUACCGGGAGAAGGAUGCAAGGGACAUCGAAAUACCAAAUAUUAGAUGGGAGGUUUUUGAGUUGAUGAUGAGAUUUAUAUACACCGGAUCAGUAGACAUUACUUUGGAUAUUGCUCAAGAUCUCCUCAGAGCUGCAGAUCAGUAUCUUUUGGAGGGACUCAAGCGGCUUUGUGAGUAUUCAAUAGCACAGGACAUAUCUUUGGAGAAUGUUUCAAACAUGUAUGAACUUUCAGAAGCCUUCCAUGCAAUGUCAUUAAGGCAAACAUGUAUUUUGUUUAUCUUGGAGCAGUUUGAAAAAUUGAGUGCUAGACCAGGGCACUGUGAACUGAUCAAGAAUAUAUUGGAUGAGAUCAGAUCUUACUUUACUAAAGCACUCACUAAGCCUAACCCACAUAACUUGCGGCUGUAGAUUGCUGUCUUUUAUUCUUCAGCUCUAACACCCAAGUAUGAUGUACAGAAACCCGUAAUAGAUGUUCUUGUUGUUGAGCCGGUGGAAGUUUCGACUUUCUUUUCUUUUUACAUUUUAAUUUCAAAAAGAGGUGUCUAAUUCUUUGACUGUAGUUUGUCUUAUAAUCCAUUCUGAUUCCCGAGUCUUGUUGGUUGUAAACACAAUGUUUCAUGUCUAAUACAAUUCCGACAUUGCUUGGAAUAUGAUCUUCCCGAACAUUCCUCUUUGUAUUCCCAGUUUUUGCAGUUUAGUGAGAUACUAUUCAUUAAGAUAUACAA